AUGAUUGAGCCGACUACGGCGCCUCUGGCCACGGUUGGUUGUCAGCCCACCAAGGAACGAGCCGACGACGAUGUGAUCUAUCUCGGCACCUACAAAGGGCAUCGAAAGAGCCAUCAUAAGAAAGUCAGUACGGCCUCCACGCUGAGGAUACCUGCCGAUAUGACCUACAAGCAUGUCAAACUUGGUGUGGCGAAGGAUUUCGCCCAAACGCGUCGAGCUGUAUAUGGAUUCUUCGACCGCGCAGGGAGGCUCCGCCGCCGCAUGGACAGCGGGCAGCGCACAGGUACAGCGGAUCAGGGUCCUUGCUUGAGCGCCGCUCUUAUACUCAUGGCCUGCGAGGCCGCUGCAGCCAUGUCGUCAAGAAAGGAAUGCGAUGAGCUGAUAGACACCCUGGAUACUCUUCCUCUCCUUAUCAAGCGCGUCAAGGCGUUGCUAGAUCACUCGCAGCACCCGUCGAUCCACAGCUCGCUUGUGUCGGAUUCCCAAGUAGAUGAUGCGAUCUUCUACUCCCUAUCCAGAGUCGAGGCCGAAGUCAAGCUUCUUGACGAAACCAUUAAGCAACAUCUCAGUUGCCUCGGGCCCGACACUGGCAAGCCAGUCGCCGCGCAAGCAGGCGUUCUGUCCGUUCGCUUGCCGCCUACUUCCUCUACCGUCACUGGCGGGGAAGAAGCGUGUAAUGUGCCUCUGAAUUCGACAUUGCCCGCAGAACACAACGCAAGUUUGACCCGAAAUGAUCGUAUCACUGUCAGGGAAUGCCGAGCCGACCUGGUCCCAUCCUUUGGAGUGAGGAGGGGUUUUGAGAAACGCGAGUUGCCCGGUCUAUCGCAUGGCAUCGUGGAGAUGCCUAAGCGCCUCCUCGCACUCACUCCGCCAUCCCGUAACGUGUGUUUCGUUGAUUUAACAAUAGAACAUAGCCCCAAGUAUGGCCCCGACCUGAAUACUGCGUCAGACGUCGGUUCCGAUUGCAACCCCGGGUCCGACACCGAUCCGAAGCCCAAUCGUAAGCCUUCUUCGAAGUCCAUCGCGAAAUUGAUUGCCAGAGCAGUCGAGCAUGCCCACGUCGGUUGGCUAUCAUGCCGAGACCAAGCUCAGUUCAGACAAAGGCUUGGUCAAUUUUGUCCAGGACGGUAUGUUGACGACGUUGUUUUUCUUGCCAUGCUCCAGUUAGUGUGUUGUACUUCUACACUUCAGAUCAUAGACCCAUUGCUUGUGAGUUUCAUGGGGCCGUUCUUGACCUCGGGUGCCUUCGCGUUUGCCAAAGGUUUUGACGGCAUCGUACUGCCAAUCAACGUCAAUGCAGCAGAUCAUAUGUCAGAUCACAACAGAAAUCAUUGGAUUCUUGCAAUCGUCAACUGGAAGACGGAAACAUUUGACGCCUUUGGAAUGCAGCCAACUGCUUUUUGUCGAUGGAGCAAAAGGGUCGAUGAAUACAUCUCGGAACUUCGCGGCGCAGUGAUGCAACUCGAGAAAAGAUCUCACGAACUGGGACCGUACUUCGAUGACUCAUGCUGCGCUUUCCUCUGCGCCUACGCUCUCGAGCGGUACAUGGGUCGGGCACCUCAACGUCAGGAACGAUGGCCCACGGGUCUCGCGUUGAGAAAACACUACUUACGCAGACUUCUUGCCCAAUGGGAGCUGCCCGCCGGCCAUCUUCCCGAAGGGCCGCAGCAUUCGGCUUCUGGUGGAGGACCAAGGUUUGGGUAA